AUGGCGCGAGAGGGGGUUGUAUGCGGGCCCCGUGAGGACGCGACCCGCAUCGGCUCCGCGGGCGUGGUGCGCAGGCAGGCGGUGGACAUCUCCCCCCUGCGGCGCGUCAACUCGGCGAUCUGGCUGCUGACCACGGGCGCGCGUGAGGCGGCGUUCCGCAACGUGAAGACCAUCGCCGAGUGCCUGGCCGACGAGCUGAUCAACGCGGCCAAGGGCUCCAGCAACUCGUACGCCAUCAAGAAGAAGGACGAGCUGGAGAGGGUGGCCAAGGCCAACCGCUAA